AUGUUUAAUUUUGGUUCAACAUCAACAACAACACCGAGUAAUACAAGUCUUUUUGGAACAUUAACACCUGUAAAUCAAAAUCGAACUGUAACUAGUUCAUUAUUUGGUAAUACGACAGCAGCACAAUCUAAUACACUUGCAUCAACACCAUUUGGAUCAACUAGUUUAUUUGGAGGAACAACUCCUUCUACAACAACUCUACAAGUUCCAUCGACUGGGACAGGUACAAUACAUAAAUUUGAUGCUGUUGUUGGUAUAGAUAAAGUAAAUAAAAAUGGUAUUCAAACACAAAUUCGUACAAAAAUUUUCAAUCUAUGUGCUAUGCCAGUCUAUGAAAAGAAGUCUAUGGAGGAACUUCGAUUAGAAGAUUACAUAGAUAAUCGAAAAUUUUCAUCAACAACUACAAGUCUAUUUCCAUCAGCAUCAUCUACAACACCUUUAUUUGGUGGAUCAACCACAACAACAAAUCCUACCACAACUACAACAAAUGUUUUUGGUACAAGUACAACAACAUCAUCAGCAUUAAAUUCAUCUUUAUUUGGAACUAGACCGACUGUAUCAACAGCAUCAACAAUGCCAUUUUCAUUUGGUGCUACGACAACAACAACACCAUCACCAUUUUCCUUUGCUACUACGACUGCAACAACAACAUCAUCAUCACCAUUUUCAUUUGGUUCAUCAACAACAACCACAGCAAAUCCUGCUGCUCCAUUUGGUGGUACAACAUCUGCUACUGGAACUACUACAUCAGCAUCACCAUUUACAUUUGGAGGUAGUCAGGCACCAGCAACAACAGCUGCACCAGCUUUUAGUUUCGGUGGUACAACUUCAUUAUUUCCGACAGCUAAUACAACAACAGCUGGUACAUCAUUUGGUUUUUCAACAACCAGACCAGCAACAACAAGUACAUUUUCAUUUACUCCAAUAACAGCAACAUCGACAGCACCAUCAUUUAAUCUAUUUUCAACAGCAACAACUACUGCUCCUACACUAUUUACAACAUCAAAUCAACCAGUAACAACAUCAAAUGUAAUAAGUACACCAUCAUCUGUUGAUACACGAACACAUUUACAAUUAUUUCAAACAAUGCUUAAUAUACAACCUUUUAAUAGUGAACUUGGCUUUCUCGCACGAAAUAUAAAACCAAAUAUUGGUCUUGAUCGAGCUCGAUUACGUACUGUGCCUGAUUCUAGCACUAGUCAUCCAUUAAAUAAUGUAUUUACACCUUUUCUUCCAAAACCAUCUGUUCUUGCAUCAAGUACAUCAACACCACCAUCAACGUUAGCUAAUCCUUUGCCAAAUCAAUCGCAUACAUUACCAUCUGUUUUAUUACCAUCAUCAACAACAAAUACGUCGAUUAUUUUAUUUGGUAAACGUAAAUUAGCUGAUUCAUUUCUCGAUGAUGACGAUAAUAAUUCAUUAAUGAUGGAUGAUGGACCAGCAUUAUCAAUAAAUAAAAUAUCUAAAACAAAUGUUCUUAAACGACCACGUAUACUUGAUAUGAAUAAAGUUCGUUCAGUUGUACUUGGAGGUGGUAGUGAUCAUAGUAUUGGAACAGGAAAUAAUGAAAUUAUAACAAAAGAAGAAAAUUUUUCUGAUACAUUUGUUGUUAAAUCAACAUCAGAUAAUUUAUCUGGAUGGAAAAAAUUUGCAACUUAUGAUGCAUAUUUAGCAUCAAAAAAACAACAAAUUGAAAAUAUUAAAAUAUCUGAUGAUGUCGAUGAUAAUAAUAAAAUUGAUAAACAAAUAAAUCUUAAUGAAAAAAAAUUUGAACAAGAACGUGCUUUUCGUUUACCGAAAUUAACGCAUGAUGAUUAUUAUACAAGACCAACAAUUGAUGAAUUACGUCAUUAUUUUAAUGAAAAAGGACAAUGUUGUGUUAAAGAAUUUACUGUUGGACGAGAACAUUAUGGUUCUGUAAAAUUUCAAGGUUCAAAAAUAAAUUUAGCCGGUCUUGAUCUUAAUCAAUUAAUUGAAAUUGGUCGUAGACAAAUAACUGUUUAUCCUGAUGAUAAUAAUAAACCAGCUGAAGGUGAAGAAUUAAAUUGUCAAGCAAUAAUAUCUCUAAUAGGUGUUUAUCCAAUCGAUCGCUCAAUAUCAAAUAGUGGUGAAGAAGUUACUGAUCCUGAUAGAUUAAUUGAAAUGAAUUAUGAAGAUUAUUUACGUAAUAUGACUGUAAAAUUUCAUGGAAAAUUUCUUGAUUAUGAUGUUUAUACAGGAACAUGGAUAUUCCAAGUUGAACAUUUCUAA